UGUUCCUGUCCAGGCGCCCCCACUGCAGCCACCUGCAGCUCCCGGGCCGGCGCCCCCACUGCAGCAACCUGCAGCUCCCGGGCCGGCGCCCCCACUGCAGCAACCUGCAGCUCCCGGGCAGGCGCCCCCACUGCAGCCGCCUGCUGCAGCUCUUGUCCCUGACUGCGCUCCUGUCCCUGACCGCCCUGCUGCAGCCGCUCCUGAGGUGCCCCCGCUGCAGUCCCCUGCAGUUCCCGGGCGAGCGCCCCCACAGCAAUUGCCUGCAGCCCCAGUUCCUGAUCUCGCCCCAGUUCCUGAUCUCGCCCCAGUUCCUGAUCUCGCCCCAGUUCCUGAUCUCGCCCCAGUUCCUGAUCUCGCCGCAGCCGCUUCCGAGACGCUCCUGUCCCCGCCUGCUACAGCCGCUUCCGAGGCGCCCCCACUGCAGUCACCUGUAGUUCCAGGGCGAGCGCCCCCACGACGGCGGCUUGCAGCGCCUGGGCCGGCGCCCCCACUGCAGUGUCCUGCAGUUCCAGGGCGAGCGCCCCCGCGACGGCGGCUUGUAGCGCCUGGGCCGGCGCCCCCACUGCAGCGUCCUGCAGUUCCCGGGCGGGCGCCCCCACGACGGCGACUUGCAACGCCCGUGCCGGCGCUCCCACUGCAGCGUCCUGCAGUUCCCGGGCGGGCGCUCCCACGACAGCGGCUUGCAGCACCUGGGCCGAGGUCCCCACUGCAGCGUCCUGCAGUUUCCGGGCUGAUGCCCCGGCAGCCUGACCGUGUUCCUGUCCCGGCGCCCCGGCAGCCUGACCGUGUUCCUGUCCCGGCGCCCCGGCAGCCUGACCGUGUUCCUGUCCCGGCGCCACGGCAGCCUGCAGCAGCUCCAGAGGCGCCCCCUCCGACUGCAGCAGCUCCAGAGGCGCCCCCUCCGACUGCAGCAGCUCCAGAGGCGCCCCCUCCGACUGCAGCAGCUCCAGAGGCGCCCCCUCCGACUGCAGCAGCUCCAGAGGCGCCCCCUCCGACUGCAGCAGCUCCAGAGGCGCCCCCUCCGACUGCUGCAGCUCCAGUCCCUGUCCUAGUCCCCGAGGUGGUCCCGGACAACUCCGUCUUGGCUCCUCCCUCUUCGGAGGUGGAGGAGCUGGAAUGGGACCCCUCGGGGACAGAACUUGUAACCCCUUGUCCCUCGCCCCGGCGACUUCGACCCCGAACUAGGGUCGGCCUGUCUGUGUCCCGCAGGGGAAGGGGACACAGACGCAGGGCUGGGGUCCCGCCCGCCCUGCCCCCUGGCUCGCCCUCCCUCGCCUGCGCUCUGGCUCGGCUGGCGCCUGCGGGUCCUGGCCCUCCGGGUCGGCUGUCGCCUGCAGGUCCCCCUCCGAGGCUUCGUCGCCCCGCCUCGCUCCCCUCUCCAGAGCCUGGUCGGUCGCCUGCGGGCUCCCCGACGGCGGCUCCUCGGUUGCCUGCGGGGCCUCUACCUCCGGCCCUCCCCCGGACGUCGCCGCCUGCUGCGGCUCCCCCCUCCUCCGGGCCUUCGCCGUGGGCCCCUCCAGCUCCCUCGUCCCCUUCCCCGGUGCUCCCUCCUGCUCCCUCCCUGGCCCCUCCGCGGGUCCCUCGCCCUGCCUCCUCGGCCCCUCCGAGGUCCCCUCCGGCUCCGGCCUCCCGGCCGCCUGCGGCCCCUCCGGCUGCCGCCCGUCGCCCGCUGGGUCUCCCUCGGGCUCCCCUUUGUUCCCCCUCCUUGUCUCCCUAUGCCCCUGCCUUUGUCCCGCCUGUCUCUGUCCCUUCUUCUGCUCGUCCCUUCGUCCCGCCCGUCUCUGCUCCUCGUGUUCCUCCUGUCUUUGCUGCCCGUCCUCCUCUGUGCCCUCUGUUCACUCCUGGCCCUUGUGUCCCACCGGUUCCUUCUGUGUCCCCUCUCUUUCUCUGUCGGUCCGUGUUCCCCGUCCUCUGUCAGGUUUUGUCCCUGGUCCUGUCUUUGUGCCUGUUCUGUCUCUCUGUUUAGUUCCCGGUCUUUUGUUCUUGGUUUUGGGUUUUGUUUUUCAGGUCCUGGUCCCCUCGUCCCGUUCGUCGCCUCCUCCUGGGCGCGCCCGGUGCAGCGCGCCUUUGGGGGGGGGCUCUGUCAUGCCCGGCUUGUCCGCUCCUCGUGUGUGCCACGCCCCCCUGCCUUCCCACGUGUAUUUCCUUGAUUGUACCCUGCUGUAUCUGCUUACUUUGAUUAGUCUUGUCUGGUUUUAAGUCCUGGUCUUACCUGUUAGCAUUGUCUGUCAUUGAUGUUAGUUGGCGUCUUCUGUUCCCUGCCCCGUCUUUCGGAAUAAACCCCUUGUUUGCCCUGAUUACGGCGUGUUUGCCCGUUUCUGCCUGCUCGCCCGCACGAUCGCCGCUCUGCCCGCGAUCGAGUGUGACAGUAUGUGAAUGUGUGUAUAAUUUUACAUCAGUGCUACAAUGUUUUCUGAUAUGUACUAUACAGGCCUAUAUAGAAAGAAGGUAGAAAAAAAGCAAAUACACUCAUGACUCUCUCUCUCUCUGCUGUUAUAGUGUGGUGUAAAUGUGUUGGACCAAAUGGCGCGCAUGUAUUCCGUAAGAGCAGCAACAUGCAGGUGGCCAGUAGCUGUAUUUUACAACAUGCUGGAC